CGGCCACUAAAGAGUUAAUUCUUUUUCAUAGCAGUGGACACAUUUUUAGGCUCCCUCCAUCCUCAGUCAGUACAGAGGAAGACAGAGGAGUGUCAAUAGUUAACCAGCUGCUAAUUGACUGCAGGGAUUGACCUACUUCUGUGCAGCGGGAGGCUGAGGCUGGUCAGACAUCAUGCAGGUGUGUUUCUGUGGACACCGGAUGCCUGACGGAGCCAAAUAUCGGCUUUUCCUCCUCCUGCCAUCCUCUUCCAUGUGACUUCUUUCUGAUCCUCCUCUGUUCUGUGGGGCUCCGUCCAUCUCCCAGUCCUGCAGUUUUUCUAGGUCACUGUCAGUUUUUCUGUUGUAGCAGAGGACACCAGUCCCAGCCGCUGCAGUGUUUCAGUGCACGGCAGCUUGGCGGAGCUGCAUCUGCUGCAGCGCCACUCCAGCUCUUAAAGGAGCCGCCUUUGCCAGAGCGGAGCCCACACUGCUCGCCGGUGGCACCCUUCCUGCCUCCUUGCCCGUCACCCGUUCACCCUCAAAGCUGUCGAGGCUUUUAGGAUUAUCGUUUGUGGCGUUUGAGUCAUCCGUGUUGCUGCGGUCAGAACGGGGAUAUUCCUGCCAGUUCCUCUCUCCUGCUGGGCUUUAAUGUGGAGAUGAGUGCUGGUUCGGGGUCUCCUCUGAUGGCUGCUGCCAUCCAAGAUUUCCAGAGGUCGGAGUCGGAGCGCCUCAGUGAAGUCAAAGGUCACUUGGAAAUUGCCUUAUUGGAGAAACAUUUUCUACAGGAGGAGUUGAGAAAGCUGCGAGAGGAGACCAAUGUGGACUCCCUGCGGCAGGAGCUGGAAAAGGAGCGGAGCAAAAGGCUGGAUCUGGAGCAGAAGAUGAGCGAAGUCCUCAAAACCAGACUAGAAGACUCCCCCCCCCAGCCUCUCCGGAAGCAGCAGUCCCCGUCCAACAACGGCACAGCAGAGAAGCAGCAGAAGGAGGUGUGGAGCUCGCGGCUGCAGAAGUGGCUGUAUGAGCGCUUCGGCGUUUACAUCGAGGACUUCCGCUUCCAGCCAGAGGAGAACACUGUGGAGACAGAAGAACCGCUAAGUGCUAAAAGGUUGACAGAAAAUAUGAGGCGACUCAAGCGAGGAGCUAGGCCUGUCACCAACUUCUUAAGGAACCUUUCCGCCUUAUCAAACUGGCACUCUGUCUACACCUCAGCUAUUGCCUUCAUUAUUUACAUGAAUGCUGCUUGGCAUGGUUGGGUUGUUCCCAUGUUCCUCUUCCUGGCUAUCCUGCGUUUAUCCUUAAACUAUCUCAUCGCCAGAGGUUGGAGGAUCCAGUGGAGCAUCGUGCCUGAGGUCUCUGAACCCAUGGAGCCGCCAAAAGAGGACUUGACUGUGUCAGAAAAGUUCCAGCUCGUACUUGAUGUUGCACAAAAAGCUCAGAAUCUUUUUGGUAAGAUGGCAGAUGUGUUGGAAAAAAUUAAGAACCUGUUCAUGUGGGUGCAGCCUGAGAGCACCCGCAAGCUCUACAUCUGCCUAUGGGUGGCUUUCAUUACGUCCUGUCUGCUGCCGUACCAGCUGCUGGGCUUCAUGACCGGUGUGUACGCUGGAAUCAAGUUCUUCAUCAUAGACUUCAUGUUUAAAAGCUGCCCGAAGCUCCGAGACAAAUAUGACACACCUUACAUCGUGUGGAACAGCCUUCCCACUGACCCACAGCUGAAAGAGAGGACUAACGCCACCGUUUCCCGUCGGCUGUCCUGCAUUGAGAAGGUUCAACCGGUGGUGUCCCGCAGCAGCCUCGCUACCAUUCCCAGCGGGCUCAGCAGGGAGGACGAUAUGGGACGCACUCACAGCACCAAGAAGGGAGCCUUCCACGAGGUUUUCAACCUCCCAGAGUCAGAGCGCCCUCUAGCGGUGUGCGAGAACGGCUGGAGAUGCUGCCUGAUCAACAGAGACCGGAAGAUGCCCACAGAUUACAUCAGGAACGGAGUCCUCUACGUCACAGAGAAUUAUCUGUGUUUUGAGAGCUCCAGCUCCAGAUCCAGCUCAUCUAAGAAGAAUAAAGUCAUCAAGCUGGUGGACAUCACUGACAUUCAGAAGUACAAAGUGUUGUCAGUCCUGCCAGGAAGUGGGAUGGGCAUCUCUAUAGCCACUCCUUCUACUCAGAAGCCAUUGGUGUUUGGUGCCAUGAUUCACAGAGACGAAGCUUUUGAGGCAAUUUUUACGCAGUACAUGAAGAUAAUGACCAGCCCCAAGCCCCCGGCCACCGCAGAGCUGUAGACCUGCUGCCUCCCAGCCGUGCACUCCCCCUCAGCGGGUCGCAAAGGGGGCGGAGCUUCAUCCAGGCUUGACCUGAGCUGGAAGAUUCUCUGAAACGCGUCCAACUCCUCUAAAGACUUCCUUGUUGAACCGCUUCCGACGUGUUCAGGCUGACGCUGACGGAGGAGCGAGGAUCCAUGUAUUUUUUUAUCAACAAGAGGGCUGGAGGGGGGCUGGUUCCCCUCUCACCUCACAGACCAUCAGACUUGUCUGUUCCUUGUUUCUGUGUUUGCAUGUAUGAGUGUGUGUGUUUUGCACAUUUUUUUCCUCGGUCCGUGGACAUCCUGAAGAAAAAGGUCCGCUGCCAGACUCGAGGUGCUUUUUAAAGGUUCAGUACUCACUGGAACGUCUGUUUUUUUUCUGCUAGGCAUCAGACUCCCAGCCUUCCUGUUGUUUUCAUUUUUCGUGUCUUCAUCUCUCCUCACGUUUUGCCUUUUGUCAGCAGCUAGAAACAAAAAAUCAGCUUAUUUGUGAACGCCUGAAAUUCGAAUUUGCCAUCUCUUGGUGGGUGAAGUGUCCCUGCCCCAGGUGGAGGAGUUUAAAUACCGUGGGGUCUUGUUCACGAGUGAGGGAAGACCAGAGCGUGAGAUUGACAGCCGAAUCGGAGCAGCG